CACACACCUUUAAUCCCAGCAUUUGGGAGGCAGAAGCAGGUGGAUCUCUGUGAGUUCAGGGCCAGCCUUGUGUACAGAACAAGUUCCAGAACAGCCAGGGCUACACAGGGAAACCCUGUCUUGAAAAACAAACAAACAAAAGAAUGAGUUUGAGGCCAACCUGGGCUAGAUGAGCCCCUGUCUUGAUGGGAGACGGGGAGAGGGCAUUAUGGAGGAAGACAGGUUCUUAACUAUCCUGAGAAAAGCCUGAAAGAGGAAGGCAAGGCCUGAGUAGCUGUCUUCUCCCACUGUCCUUUCUCUGUAUCUUCUGCUCUUCUCUCCCCAGAUCCCAGUGGUAAAAAAGAUCCUUUCUUUGGAAACCCACCUACAAAGUCAGUCCUACAUUAGAUGAUGUUGUGACACAGUCCACCAGUGGUGUCCCUCACUCCUAAGGACCCUGUAAAGCAGGCAGAGGUCGAGGUUCUGCAAAUCCCUACGAACCACAAACAGUUCAGAGGCCCAUUUGGAUGGCCUUCGUUCGGAGUCUGUUGUAAUAGCUACCGUUUCUUCACUUUAAACUUCAUUUGGAGUUUUUGACCUCUUUUCAGAUUUAAUCUGAACAAAUUUUCCUCCUGAAUGCCUACCUUAGGUUUGCCCCUGGACAGCCAUUUCUGCUUAGGGCCACCACUCCGUUUUAGGUGCUGGCGAAGUUCUCCAGUGUUGGGAUUUUCAAAGCCUUUCUGUUUUCAUUCCAUCUUCCCUUAUAUCCUAAAGAUGCCAAAAGCACUUCCCUCUUGUUCGAUUUUCACAUAGGCCACAGGGACCUUCUUUUUCAGAAACUUCUCCCAUUCGGAAAAAUUACCGUAACCCACUUCUUCAGGCAAUUUCCUAGGAAUGGCAGAGCGCUCCUUUGCAAACUUCUGAAGCAUCAUUUUAAAAUGGACACUCCACAGAGACAGGGCUUCCCAGCCAUGGUUAUAUAUAUAUAUACAUGUAUGGAACUUUACACUUACCAAAGGCCAGUUCAUCUGAUACACAGGGAACAUCCCUUUUUAAUCUCUGAGUUCUGAUUAAAAUCAGAACACAUGUGUGUGCAUACAUGGUAUGUGCGUGUAUGUGCUGGGGGUUGCUCAGUAGUGUGCUACAAUGGAAACAGCUUCAGUUUUCUUUGCAAUCUCAAGGUGACAGAUACCUCUUAUUACCAGAUAUUAACCAUCAAAGUAUACAUGGCUUAGCACACGACCGUGGGGGUGCUUGAUGUGGCUCCUUGCCUAGGAACAGAGGCGUCAGACUGUCAGGGACUGUGAGCCUUGUUCCCACCUACCACUUUCUUUUUCCAUUGCCUUUUCUGGUCUUCCAGAGUAGCUUGCUAUUUGAUGAAGCAAGUUUCUCACUAGCGAACACUUCUUUGCUUACCCUGAUAACUUGGGAACGAUCUCCUGACCCUUCAGAAUGGGAAAGGAAGAAGCCCCAUUGGUUUGGUCAGUAGAAAAGCAUUUGAUGACAGCAAGGAGCGAGGGAGGAUUUCUGGAAGUGGAGUGGCUUUGAGGUCUUUUCAGCCGUGGCAUUAUCCCCUAGUUCCUUUUCUCCGUGUGGCUUCCAAGCACAGUGUCGGAGGCAGCUGGUGUGUAUAAGAAAAAUAUCCCAAGUCAUGUGAGAUGCAGCUGGACUUCCUGCUCACAGCCGUUGAGCAAGAGUUCUCCAGUCUUCAAAUGAGGAAGCCCAGAUCCCUUCCCUCUGCCUUAUGUAAAUCUUCUAGCUGAUCUCCCAAGAGUUGCCUGUAUCAUAUCUAUAAAAAGCUGUAAAGUUCACACUCUAGAGGACUAAAUCUGUGCUGGCCAAUCUGAAUGACUACUCAGUUAUACUAGUUUAGGAAAAUCCUGCCCCACCCUGACGAUUCAUAGUUUCCCUCAUAUUAGUGAUCAUCGGGUUUUUCUGCCCAGUGUUUGUAUUGAAGAUAACUUCCUCACCAGUAAAGACUUGAGGUAGCAUUCUAGAACCCCAGUAUUUAAACUAGCUGCUGUGGUAACGGUGGAACCCAGGCUUCUUGCUUUCAGUUUUCCCUACCUAGACAGAAAGAAAUUCCAGAGGAAGAGUGGAUGUAGAGCUCAGUGUUGGGUAUGAGGCUCUAGUUUGCUAGAUUGUUUGUAGCCAUCCCAUCUUCCCUGAGGUCUGUUAGACUGGUGUAAAGGACAGCCAGGAUGGGCCAGUGAGACACGGAGGAGGAGGGUUUGGGUCACACGGAGGAAUCCCUUUCGGUUCUUGCCAUGGUCAGAAGCUCAUAGGAAAGCCGUAAGAAAGAACAGACAUGUAGAGAAGAAAGCUGGUCAGCCAAAGGACAGGGGCAAUGCUCUCUUCUUGGAUGCCAGCAGCAGCAAGCUGUGUUAACAAUAGGGCUCUGUGCCAUUGAGUUUGAGAGAGGGAAACUACAUGACACUGGGACUUGGGAGCUGUCCUGCCUCUAUCUAGCCAGCCAAAGUGAAUGGGGUCAGUGUUAGCUGCCUUCAUCUAUGCAGUCACAAAGGUAAAGAUGAUACUGGGGGCAUAUUCCCUCCUGGGAGGCCUUGGCCUCACGCCUCAGCAACUGUGGCAAGACGUGCUAAAUAACACCUUUGUUUGAGCCAGGGUUAUGCAUCGUCAACACUUUUAUGCCAAGUCUAGGUGGUUUCAGAUCAAGCAGCGAGGACGUGGACAUGGACCAUCCCUCUGUGCAGCUCUGAAGUAGAGCCAAGCACUCUGCCUGCCUGUCAGAGCCCUAGAGCCUAAGAAGUUCGCUGCUGGUGAGGGGGAUGGCCAGGAUUCCUGGAGUUGGAAGAUCUUCAGCUUCGUCAUCUCUGGAGAACAAGGAAGACAAUGAAAGUGACGUGGCCCUUCUUAGUCCCAAGGACCCUGACAGAGUCCACACCAAGGAGCAGCUGGCACAUCCUGCGUCCUCCAAACUUGACCCAAGCAUGCAAGGCCUCCCUGCUGGGCCCAGCCUGGAUGAUUUAAUUCCUAGCCACCUCCGAGCCUAUAUAGGCCCAUCCUCCCGGGGGAGCAGGGUGCCCGUGAUCCGGAAUGGUGGCUCCAACACCCUUAAUUUCCAGUUCCAUGACCCCGCACCCAGGACUGUGUGCAAUGGCUACGCUCCACCCAGGAGAGAUGGUUCCCAGCAUCCAGACCCAGCAUGGUAUCAGACCUGGCCAGGCCCUGGGAGCCGGCCCUCUGCCAGCCCGAAGCAACCUGCCUCCCAGCAUGCCCAGAACUGGUCAGCCACCUGGAGCAAGGACAACAAGAGACGGGACAAGCGCUGGGUGAAGUACGAGGGAAUCGGGCCCGUGGAUGAGAGCGGCAUGCCCAUUGCCCCCCGAUCUGUGAGUCCAGGGCUGGGGGUCACAGAGAGAGGGGGCCCAGAGACCCUCCUAAGUUCUCUGUCUAUGACUAUAAUAGGGGUGAGCAUUGAAGGCGAAACCCACACCUUGUGUGUCUGAGUCAGCUGUGACGUGGUACAGAUCUCAGCAUUGGAAAGCUACCACUGUAAGGGCUGAACCUAGCAGGGAUGCCUCUUAGUUUUGCACCCCAGUGGCCUGGCGUAGCACCCACAGAACAGCUGCCCACUGACUGGCUGAGUGAGGGAGUCCUGAGCGAUUGCCCCUCCUGGCAUGGCAGGCAGGGAAGGAUCCUGUGUUCCACCAGGACUCCGGGGGGCCCGACCUUCCCUUCCCUCCGUAUCUUGGGGCCAGCCAUAUUUCCUCAGUCACAUACUCAGGAAUGCUUUGUAAGGUCCAGAUGUGGUGGGCUAGGUGAAAUGCCCUCUCUCUCUCCCUACGGUGUUACUUUUGUUUCCUGAUGUAGAAAGGAGCGUUGUAGAAGCGUCGGGAAUGCAGAAAGAAGGCUGAGGAGAUAGCUCAGCCAGUACAGUGCUUGUCACACAAGCAUGGGGACCUGAACUCUAGUCCCUGGAAC